AUGUCGCCAUCAAGGAGCGAGCUCUGCAUGCUAAGGUUCCUUUGCCUUCUUAUACUCGCGGUGGCCGCCGUGACCGCUCAUGGGAAGGGUGAGGUGAAUGGCGUGACCUAUGACGGUCGUUCCCUGAUCAUCAAUGGGAAGAGGAAUCUACUCUUUUCGGGUUCUAUUCAUUACCCUCGGAGUACGCCCGAGGUGAACAUGUAGUUCCUCAGACUAGUUUCCUCUUGUUCAUUGCUAUCUUCAUAUCUCACCCUGUCUCCUUGUUGGUGCUCCAGAUGUGGCCAGGGAUCAUCGCCAAAGCUAAACAAGGGGGGCUAAACGUGAUACAAACCUACGUCUUCUGGAACGCCCAUGAGCCCCAGCAAGGCCAGGUGAAAAUAAUUAAUUUUAAAUACUCUUUUUCUUAGCUUUUCCGGUGUCGGCUGUUGCUUGAUAUCAACGAAGACCGAUCGGGGUUACUAUUUCAGUUCAAUUUCCAAGGGAGGCUGGAUGUCAUCAAAUUCAUCAAACUGAUUCAAAAGCAAGGGUUGUACGUGACACUCCGGAUCGGCCCCUUUAUUGAAGCUGAAUGGAAUUUCGGGUGUACAAUUUCUUCCGAAGUUCACUAAUUCAUGGCGAUUCUCAAUAUAUAAUGCAGAUAGUUUUACGUUCUAACCAUGCCCGGCUCAUUUCAGAGGCUUCCCUUUUUGGCUGAAGGAGGUCAACAACAUAACUUUCCGGUCGGACAACCCUCCCUUCAAGGUAAUCAAUGCUCUGAAUGUUUUUAAGCAUGUCAAACUGUUGUAGCAUCUCGUUCUGGUUUCUCUUAAUUUAUGCAUUGGAAUGAGAUAAAAAGAAAUGUAGGAAAAAAAAUCGGACCAUACGUUGACCGUAAAGGUCAACGUUCUAGAGAGACUGUCCGAACCUUUUCUAUCCAAGAACCCAAAAAACGAAGAUUUCUUGUAGUGCAGCAGUCAAAAGUGGCUAAAAGCGAGAUCUUUUCUCUUGUAGUACCACAUGAAGAAGUUCACAAAGAUGGUUGUGAAGAUGAUGAAGGAUGAGAAGCUGUUCAUCCCCCAAGGUGGUCCUAUCAUUCUAGCCCAGGUUAGCCCAUAUCGACUCUGCUGAUACGUCCUCUUCCUAUUAAUUUCUUAGCCCACGUGUUCCUCCCAAUUGAAAUGUUGUAUGUUGAAUCUCCCCAACGGCGUAGAUCGAGAACGAGUACAACAAUGUGGCACUGGCGUUCAAGGAAAAUGGUGCGAGAUACGUCCAGUGGGCGGGCAGGAUGGCUGUGGGGCUCAAAACAGGAGUCCCAUGGGUCAUGUGCAAGCAGAAGGAUGCUCCUGAUCCAGUGGUAAGCUAUGUAAAAUGCCGUGACGAGAAAAUAUUAUUCGUAAGGGAAUAUCUUGUUCUUACUCCCCGAUUUCUCAAUAGGUUUAUGAAAGAAAAUAUGUGCUUUCAUGCCUUUAACUCUGUAUUAUACAUCAAAUCUAUGUAGGGGGAAGCUUGGAGAUAUCACUGAUGUUCUCUUAUGUGUCAUUCACAUCUAUCGACUGAGAUUUCGUGUUUUACAGAUAAAUUCGUGUAACGGGAGGAACUGUGGAGACACAUUCACCGGCCCGAACAAGCCCCACAAACCCGUUCUGUGGACUGAGAACUGGACAGCUCAGUAGGUUCACUUUUUGGAUGGCUGGAGAUGUGUUUUCUUUUGCAGCCAUCCUUAACCUUUAUACGAGACAAAUGGCACUACAUAUAACUUUUCUUAGUAUUCCCACAGAAUCUGACGACCUGUUUCAUUUAAACUUGAACUAUUUGUAGCUUUCGUUCCCUUUCGCUCGAUAUUCAUAGAAACCGCCGUUGCCGACCGCAGGUACAGGGUUUUCGGAGAUCCACCGUCGCAGAGAUCAGCUGAGGACCUCGCCUACUCCGUUGCCCGCUUCUUCUCCAAGAACGGCACUCUCACAAACUACUACAUGGUACCAUGCAUCUCUUCUCUCUAUCUGCCCAACCGUAUACCGACUUAGAAGCACCACAUAACGCGAUCACCGAUCUCACUCCGAACUGCAGUACUAUGGUGGAACGAACUUCGGAAGGACGGGUUCCUCGUUCGUGAUGACUCGCUACUACGACGAGGCUCCACUCGAUGAAUUUGGUGAUCCCCUCUCCUCAGAGCAAGUAUUCGAUUUGAAGGAUUUGUCCGGCUAAUCCUCGAAUCGCAGGUUUGAAGAAGGAACCCAAAUGGGGGCACCUGAGGGACUUGCACUCAGCUUUGAAACUCAGCAGGAAGGCUUUGCUAUGGGGGACUAACACCGUCCAUCCCCUGGGCGAGGACCUCGAGGUAUUAGUGUAUGACUCAUCCGCAGAUAAGGCUAUGAUUAGGUAUAUGAAUUUUGGAUGACUAGAUUCAUUAAUAAUAUAUAAUUACAGGCUCAUGUAUACAAGAAACAAAGGAGCAAUGUGUGUGUAGCUUUCCUAUCCAACAGCAACCCAAGAAUCGACAAGAUUGCCAACUUCAAGGGCGUAGAUUACUUCCUUCCGCACCACUCCAUCAGCAUCCUUCCAGACUGCAAGACUGAGAUCUACAAUACUCAGCGGGUAGACAACAUUAAUCUCUCAGAAGUUCACAUGAGACUAGGAAAUCCGCCCACCGCUGGUGUUAGGUGGUGACAACUCUCAAUGACGUGGGGUUAACAGGUGAAUUCUCAACACAACACGAGGACCUACCAUCUGGCGAAAGAAGCCAACAGGAACCAGGACUGGAAGAUGUAUCAAGAGUCUAUCCCAACAGUUGGCCAGACCCACAUCAAAGCUAAUCAGCCCUUGGAGCUGAUGAACCUCACGAAGGAUACCACAGAUUACUUGUGGUACGCAACAAGGUUAGCGAAUUACUGGCCGCUCUAUCCAUAUGGCAAAAAUGGUACCGUACUAAUUAUUACAAUAUUCGUGAAUAUAUAAAGCAUGACCUAUUUAUAGUACCGUAGCUAAGUUUUGAAUUUAAGAAAUGUUUAAUGAUAUAAUUAUGGACAUGGUUUGAUUGCACAUAUCAUAGCUAUAUUGCUCAUAUAAUAAGGUUCGAUAGUCUACUUGCACUUUGGGCAUACGUCAAUAAUAUUGUUCCUAAAUGAAUGCGUCUCGAAAGACCAGCAUACUUCAUCCAUGGAUAAUUAGUUUUGAUUCGAAAGACUAAUCAGCUCUACUUCUGUGUUACACUUCAACCAAUAUCCCUCUUUUGAUACUACAUUGCAAUUGCAUGAUACGAUCGCUUGGCAUACAAGAAAUUAGGAACAUUACCAUCACCCGAUCAUGAUAGUUCAUUCGCUUGCCUGUUCUGCUUCCGGCGCAGCUUCAACCUGGAGGAAGAGGAUUUGCCCAUGCGUCACGACAUCCGCCCGGUGAUCCAAGUCUCCAGCCUUGGCCAUGCCUUGCAUGGCUUCGUGAACGACGUCUACAUUGGUAGAGUCCUCCCACUCCCUUCGAGUCUGCAGAUAGUUUCCCAUGUAUACGAAUAAUCUUUCAGUUAUUGUUAUUCACUUUAUUUAAUUCUCAUCGCCGAUCACUGUUCCUCAGGAUCGGGCCACGGAACCAACAUCGACAAGAGCUUCUCCUUCUCCAAGCCUGCACAUCUAAAAGCGGGAACCAAUCACAUAUCUCUCCUAGGCAUGACAGUCGGGCUACCGGUAAGAGAAAACCCUCCCUAACCACAUCCAGAAGGACAUUACUUUGGUAUUCUACAUCAGAUCGUAGAGUAUGGCCGCCUUUUGUCGAUCUCUAAUGAUUGCUGGCUUCUUCCUCAUGCUACUGGCUCGUUGAAUGAAGGAUAGCGGAGCUCUGUUGGAGCAUAGAAUAGCGGGGGUCCACAGGGUGGUCGUCCAAGGUCUGAACACAGGAACUCUGGAUCUCUCGGCCAACGUCUGGGGACAUGAAGUAAUUCUCCUUCUUUCAGUGAAAACUUCCAUCUGCUCUGUGCUCUACCGUGGUUUCCACCAGGGAACUUAAUCCAUUUGGACGACGCAGAUCGGCGUACUGGGAGAGAAGCUGAGGAUAUAUAAUCAUCGUGGAUCCCACUUGGUUCAAUGGACCGAUGCUAAGAAGCGUACUCCUCUCACAUGGUACAAGGUGUGCAGAGAAUUUACUCUUUACGCAGAAGUGACGAGCUAAAUAAUUCAUUAUUAUGAUUGAUUAUUCGCAAUUAAUUAAUAUCUUGUAUAGCCUGUUCUUUAGUAAUCAUCUCUUGCCAAUUUCUUAAGCUUUUUUUACUCUAGCCUUGUUAUAUUUCCAACUCACCUUAUAUUCACGAGAUGUUGUGUAAAAGUCUAUUAAAGUUGUAUAGAUAGUCAAGUAUCUUAGUGCUUUUAGUCAAAUAACGAAAGUUCUGGCCUUGCUCGUCCUCUCUGUUUCCAUUUUCCUUGACCCCUCCCCCCUCCAGAGAUACUUCGAUGCCCCGCAUGGAGACGACCCAGUGGCGAUAGACAUGGGAAGCAUGGGCAAAGGAAUGGUAUGGAUCAACGGAGAGAGCAUCGGCCGGUACUGGGUCUCCUAUCUCUCCCCACUCGGGAAGCCAUCUCAAUCCAUGUGAGCAUCCUCUUCCUCCACGCGUCUUUCUACUUCACUGAGUCCCUCCACGUUCCUGAGACGGAGUGAUGAGAGAGAGUCCUGGUGCUGACGGCAGGUACCACAUCCCCCGAUCGUUCCUGAAGCCAAGCGGCAACCUGAUGGUGGUUUUCGAGGAGACUGGGGGGAAUCCGGAGGAGAUCGCCGUCGUCACCGUAAGGAGGGACAACAUAUGCACAAUUGUCACCGAGUUCCACCCAGCCCACGUCACCUCCUGGGCCAGGGAGAACAGCCAGAUUCGCACGGUCGUAGAAGACGUCAAGCCCAAGGCCCAGCUCAAGUGCGGUAACCACAAGGUGAUCCGCUCGGUCGCCUUCGCCAGUUUCGGCAACCCCACCGGCUCCUGCGGCAGCCUCAAAGCUGGCAGCUGCCAUGCUACUGCGGCCAAGAGCGUCGUCGAGAAGGUACUCCCCUCUUCUCUCCCCCACCUCUCUCUCUCUCUCUCUCUCCCUUUCUAUCUCUCUCUCGCUCUGUGACUGGUUUUUGGUGGUUCUAUCAGGCAUGCCUGGGGAAGUCUACAUGCGUGCUCCCAGUGAAGGCUGAAGCCUACGGCGCCGAUGCUGGGUGCCCGGGAUCUACUAACACCCUCGCAGUGCAAGUGAAGUGCGCGAGAAAGAAGAACCCCAAUGCGUAG